UUCAGCAUGGUGCGUGCAAACCAAAAGAACUGACGAAAUAAAAAUGUAAUCUAGUUUAUAGAACAAGGGGGUCUCUUUUUUGGGAGAAAUGAAAGCUGCAUAAUCAUCAUGGAUGAUAUAGAAGAUAUAAUGCGAAUGGAUAAAGAAAAGCUGGCAGCGCCAAUAAAAACCAUUGAGGAGAAAUGGAAAUUGCUGCCAGCUUUUCUGAAGGUGAAAGGACUCGUCAAGCAGCACAUUGACUCCUUCAAUUUCUUUAUCAACGUAGAGAUUAAAAAUAUCAUGAAAGCUAACGACAAGAUCCUCAGUGAUGCAGACCCUAACUUUUAUAUGAAAUAUUUGAAUAUCUAUGUUGGAAUGCCCGAUGUAGAGGAAGGGUUUAAUAUAACGAAGCCUAUCUCUCCUCAUGAAUGUCGUUUACGAGACAUGACCUACUCAGCACCUAUUACCGUGGAUAUUGAGUACACUCGCGGAAACCAGAGAAUCGUCCGCAAUAAUCUGCCAAUUGGAAGGAUGCCCAUCAUGUUACGCAGCUCAAACUGUGUCCUGAAUGGGAAAAGUCCAGCGGAAAUGGCAAAACUAAAUGAAUGUCCCAUGGACCCAGGGGGUUACUUCAUCACCCGGGGGACAGAAAAAGUCAUCCUUAUCCAGGAGCAGCUGUCUAAAAAUAGAAUGAUAGUGGACACAGAUACUGGACGGAACCGCUCUAUAGAGUGCUCUGUAACUAGUUCCACUCAUGAACGCAAGAGUAAAACGUACGUCUCUACAAAACACGAGAAAUUCUAUCUAAGACACAACACGUUCACAGAGGACAUUCCUGUAGCGAUAGCCUUCAAGGCGAUGGGGAUGGAGUGUGACCAGGAGAUUGUCCAGAUGAUUGGGAGUGAGGAGGAGAUCCUGACAUCCGUGGCACCCUGUCUGGAGGAGUGUCACCGCGCUCAGGUGUUCACUCAGCUACAGGCUCUGAAGUACAUUGGACAGAGAGUAAGGCAGAGACGGGUAUGGGGAGGGUCCAAGAAAACCAAAGUGGAUGAAGCCAGAGAGGCUCUGCAUGACAUUGUCCUGGCACAUGUACCAGUUGUAGAGUGGAACUUUAAGCUGAAGGCUGCAUACCUUGCACUGAUGGUCCGAAGGGUCAUCCUGGCGAAAGGUGAACAGGUCAAAGGUGACGACAGAGAUUACUAUGGCAACAAGAGGCUGGAGUUGGCCGGACAGCUCCUCUCGCUGCUGUUUGAAGAUCUCUUCAAGAAAUUUAACUCAGAGCUGAAGAGGAUAGCAGACAUGACGAUCCCCAAACCCCGAGCGGCUCAGUUUGACAUCAUCAAACACAUGCGACAGGACCAGAUCACUAACGGCCUGGUCAAUGCCAUUUCUACAGGGAACUGGUCCAUCAAGAGAUUCAAGAUGGAGAGAGCUGGAGUGACUCAGGUGCUGUCUCGUCUCUCCUUUAUCUCGGCCCUGGGGAUGAUGACUCGCAUAUCCAGCCAGUUUGAGAAGACAAGGAAAGUGAGUGGUCCCAGGUCUCUACAACCGUCACAGUGGGGGAUGCUGUGUCCCUCAGAUACGCCAGAAGGGGAGGCAUGUGGAUUGGUUAAAAACCUGGCUCUGAUGACUCACAUCACCACAGACAUGGAGGAGGACCCCAUCAUCCGCCUGGCCUUCAAUCUGGGGGUGGAAGACAUCCAGCUGCUCAGUGGGGAGGAGAUGACCAGCUCCAGGGUCUAUCUGGUCUUCCUUAAUGGUAACAUUUUGGGGGUGAUCCGUGACCACAAGAAACUUGUACGGACUUUCCGGUUGAUGCGACGGUCGGGGUACAUCAGUGAGUUUGUGUCUGUGUGCACCAACCACACCCACAAAUGUGUCUACAUCUCUACAGACGGAGGAAGAUUGUGUAGGCCUUAUAUCAUUGUACAGAAGGGACAGCCUCUUGUUAAACAGAGACACAUAGAGGAGCUGACUCAGGGGUUCAGAAGUUUUGAUGACUUCCUGAAGGAGGGACUGGUGGAAUACCUGGACGUGAAUGAGGAGAACGACUGUAUGAUCUCACUGUACGAGUCAGGAAUCACCAGGGAAACAACUCAUCUGGAGAUCGAGCCGUUCACCAUUCUGGGAGUCUGUGCGGGAUUGAUUCCCUACCCCCACCACAACCAGUCCCCCAGGAACACCUACCAGUGUGCCAUGGGCAAGCAAGCGAUGGGUACCAUUGGAUAUAACCAGAGGAAUCGUAUAGACACUUUGAUGUACUUGUUGUGCUACCCACAGGCACCUCUAGUCAAAUCUAAGACAAUUGAGCUUAUCCACUUUGACAAGUUACCGGCCGGACAAAAUGCCAUCGUCGCAGUGAUGAGUUUCAGCGGCUACGACAUUGAGGACGCCCUUGUCCUGAACAAAGCUUCUCUUGAUAGAGGUUUUGGGCGUUGUCUAGUGUACAGGAAGCAAGCCUGCACCCUGAAGCGCUACACCAACCAGAGCUUUGACAAGGUGAUGGGACCGAUGGUGGACGCCAGCACCCACAAACCUAUCUGGAAACACGAGGCUCUUGACUCCGACGGAAUCUGCUCGCCAGGGGAGAGAAUGGAAAACCGGCAGGUGCUUGUCAACAAAUGGAUGCCCACUGUGACAAUGAAUCCAAUCCAACAGUCGCCCACAACUCAGGGACCUCCACAGGGGCCAGAGUAUAGGGAGGUUCCCAUAACAUAUAAAGGAGCAGAGGCCUGUUACAUAGAGAAGGUGCUGAUUUCGUCCAAUCCGGAGGAGGCUUUCUUAAUCAAGAUAUUACAGCGACAGACGCGUCGGCCAGAGAUUGGAGACAAAUUCAGCAGCAGACACGGUCAGAAAGGUGUUUGCGGAUUAAUUGUCCCACAAGAAGAUAUGCCAUUCACUGAUCUGGGUAUUUGUCCAGACAUUAUAAUGAAUCCCCAUGGUUACCCGUCCAGAAUGACGGUCGGUAAGCUGAUGGAACUGUUGGGAAGUAAGGCCGGGGUCCUGGAAGGGAAAUUCCAUUACGGAACAGCAUUUGGGGGAGACAAAGUCUGUGAUUUAUCAGAGGAUCUCGUAAAACAUGGAUUUAAUUAUCUCGGCAAGGACUUUGUAACCUCAGGAAUAACUGGGGAGCCGCUGGAGGCCUACAUAUUCUUUGGCCCCAUAUACUAUCAGAAACUGAAGCACAUGGUUCUAGAUAAGAUGCAUGCCCGAGCCAAGGGACCGAGAGCGGUACUGACUCGACAGCCUACAGAGGGGCGAUCUCGAGAUGGAGGUCUGAGAUUGGGCGAGAUGGAACGAGAUUGUCUCAUUGGUUAUGGAGCAAGCAUGCUGCUACUGGAGAGACUGAUGAUAUCUAGCGACGCCUUUGAGGUGGACGUAUGCGGAGAAUGUGGACUCCUGGGAUACUCGGGCUGGUGCGAGUUCUGUAAAUCCUCACGUCAUGUCUCCACUCUCAAAAUGCCGUACGCCUGUAAACUGUUGUUCCAGGAGUUACAGUCAAUGAACAUUGUGCCAAGACUAUCUCUAAAACGUUACAAUGAAGUCUAGUACAUAUAUUACAGACACUAUAUUCCUACAUAAUUUUGUACAAGUUCACACUAUUUUGUUGACAAUAAAUUGGAAUCAGUAAUGUACCUGAUAA